AUGUCUACCACUAGCGCCCGCGCAGAAAAACUUCUCGCCCUUGUGGAUCUUGUAACAAAUGCUGCUCAGGUGGUGAUACAAGAGUGGACGAAGGAGGACGCUACUGGCGGCCAGAACGCUCUCCCGUCCAUAGAUCUCGCCAAGGCUCAGCGCACCAUCUUGGCCGCUUUCGGCUCCUUCACAGAGCUUGUACAGGUGCCCCAGAGACGCAUCGUAGAAGUAGCUACCCAAUUCUUCGAGGCCCGGGCGUUGCACAUCGCGGUCGAGCAUCGUGUCGCCCAUCACCUUGCCAAGGUGGACCAGGCGGUAGGAAUGUCCAUCACUGAGCUCAGCAAGGCCACCGGUCUCCACCCGAAAAAGCUUUCGCGCAUCCUGAGAACCCUCUGCUCCAUGCAUAUUUUCGCUGAAGUUCAAGACGGAUAUUUCGCCAACAACACGGUCAGCGCAAUGAUCGCCACUGAUGAGGCCGUUGAAGCAUACGUCCUUUUGGUGGCUUGGAAUUAUUACCCAAACUCAGCAAAGCUACUAGAGUUUGUUGGUGAUCCUGUCAAAGGCUGGUCCCACUCUGUGACCGAUUGUGCUUUCCAAGAGGGACAUGGUACCAAGCUAUCUUUCUGGGACUGGCUCGAAGAAGGUAUCAUACAGCCCGACGGCAGCGUCAAGCGGCGGCCCAGCUUGGAAUGGUUCACUCGCAUAAUGGUUAAUACCGGUCGUCUCGUCGGAACCCCACCCUUCUACGACUUUCCAUGGGAAUCGUUAGGCUCUGCAACCAUGGUUGAUGUGGGUGGUGGCGUUGGUGGGAUGAGUUUCGAUCUCUGCAAUCAUUUCCCUCUCCUCAAUUUCAUCGUCCAGGAUCGCCCUGCUAUAAUCGAAAAGGCUGAACCCGUGUGGCAGCGCGAACGACCAGAAGCACACAAGGCUGGUCGGGUUAAAUUCAUGGCCCAUGACUUCUUCACCGAGAACCCUGUGAAGGGUGCCGAUGUGUACCUUCUGCGUCACAUCCUCCAUGACUGGGAAGACGACCGCUGUGUCGACAUCCUCUCCGCUAUUCGCCCUGCGCUCUCCGCGAACUCACGCGUGCUGAUCGUGGACUUAGUAAUGAACACAACGUUGGGUUGCCCCGAGCUACCCUCCGCACCGUUCCCUCUUCCUGCAAAUUACGGCGCUUCGACUCGUUUCGCUCACCAGUCUGACCUGAUAAUGAUGUCCUUGGUCAACGGCGAGGAGCGCGUCCCGAGCGAUUUCCGGUCGAUCGCUGAACGGGCGGGGCUCGAGGUUACCCGCAUCUGGGAGUGCCCCGGAGAUUGCAUCACUGAGAUGCGGCUGCCAUCUGCGAGCCGGUAG